CACAUCCUGCGUUAGCUCUUAGCUCGUCAGUGUCACACAGCUCCUCCGCUAACUCGCGUUUUGAACAUGAUUACAAGACGCUUAGCUUUUCCUCAGUGACUUGUUGAAACGCGUCGUGAUAAUUUAACACGCAGGAUUUCACAUGUGGAUAAAUACACGCGUCGUUUUACUUCUUUUAGCGUCCACGUGACGUCAGGUAAAAUGUUCAGGAGCAACUACCAGGGUGGAGCUGUGGUGGAGGUGUUCAGCGGACAGGGCAAAGAUCCCGUAGCUAGGUGGAAACUAAGCGGGGGAUCGUCGGCCAUACAGAAGGAGUAUAAUAAAGAAGUCAAAGGAUUUGUUUACUGUCUGGAGGGAAGCAGCCAGACCGUCAAGAUGCAAAUGCCAGAGAAUGGGAAAACAUCUCUUGGGCUCCUCCAAAGAUUCUUGGUCCUUCAAGUGAAUAUUCCUCAUGGCAAAGAUUUUUCAAUCGAGCUAGUAAUAACUGAUUCAGAGCAUAUGAAAAGAAGACUUUACUUUUCUACCGUGCAUAAAGAGUUGACUGCCACUCUUUUACAUGCAAGGAUACCUUUUGUUGGAUUGAAGCGGGAUAUUUGGUCUACUUUGUGCAUGGACCUUGUGUCAUUCACUGCUGGACUCUUCAAGGGAUUUUUGAAACUGGAUGGCAUCACUUUGUUUGCUACGUGUAAAGUCCGCCGAAUCUUCACCAUGAAAUCUGAGCCUGCAGGAAUGUCAGAUGACGUUAUGUUUCUUAGUGGAGCUGGUCUCAUGGACUUGAUUCCACGUAGCUGCCAGUUCCCAUCAGAUGUAAACCACGUAACCCAGAUACUGAACAUGAAGAAUAUGCAGAAGUCAGAUAUGAGGACUGUUCGUGAAAACUCUGAAUGUGGUUCUGAUCAGACAGUCACUGCCAGAUCAACCAGUCAUCAGCCAACCAGGCCCCAGGGUGUUUUACACACAGCGUCGGGCUCCAGGCCUUCAGUACGGCUGCCUCAAACUGGAAAGAAAAGCAGCACAGCCCCAGGUGGAAUGAAUAGAAGUGAACUCUUUAUCUCCAAUACGGGAUCCCCAUUCAGUAGAAUAAACCGAAAGGUUUUUACAGAAAGUCAGAGCAUUGCCAACCUGAGUGACAACUCACAUGGAGAACCUAACCCCGCUCUGCACAAGGAUGCUCUUCCUGGACCCAGUGAAAAGCAGCUGACUUGGAAGCAAGCAAUAGAAGACAAGUUUUACUUCAGUUCUGCAAAGGAAAGUUUCAGAUCUGCUCCCACAACGGCAGAGUCCCUCUCCGACUGGACCCGGCCAGAUUUAUCUUCUGACCCGCAGGUGAGGAGCAGCUGGGACAGUAAUGAAGGGUCUGAGCCCCAGCUCACUCUGCAAGAGGAGGUGUUCAUUUUCUCAUCACAGCCUCACUCACCCAAACGAGGGCAAGGCCAGGGUGACCAGGAGAAGGUGGAGAUGGGAGAUGACCAGAGACAGAGCAAGAGUGGGAGGCGGCAUGAGGCCCAACCUGAAGAUGACUUCAUUGGCAGUGAAAGUGAUGAGGAUAAGAGCAACACCACAAUGCAGCAACAACAAACUAGUGAGUCCAUUCCUGCUACUCCCAGAACUCCAGAUCCAACCUUGAAUAUGCGACAUAAAGCCCGUCCCAAAUUGCCUAACAUGGACCACACAUUUCUGAAAGUGCUUUGUCCAGCUACCAGCAAUAUCCAUAUUCAGUCUCUGUCUAUUGGGGGAGCUGAACCAGCUGCAAUGGCCCCCACACACUGCCUCUCACCCAGUGUGACAACCAGCCGACAGGAACACAAGUGUGGCCCACGUGCAUCAGAGGGAGCGAACCAGGUGCAGAAUGGGAACAACAAAGUAACAAUUUCCAGGAGUCUCCUACAAGAAGUCAAAAUGGAUGACUCCCCACUGGACAAGGAAGAAGACGAGCCGAUACACAAGCCUGUUGAUUCCAGUCAUUACGACUUACAGCACCUUGGCAGUCUGAGGAUGCAUGGGGAUGACGAUGAUGAGGAGCUCCGAAUGUUGGCGAGCCUAAAAAGGGAGCAGGAGGAAGAUGAGUGUAGCGCCUCGGGCCUCAGUGCAUCUCAGAUCCACCAGUGUAAUGUCAGCAUCAGUAUGAGCAGUGACGACGCUUCCACUUGGACCCACAUAACCAUGCCAGCUAAUCAAGGACCCCACUAUCAGAAUGAAAUGAACCCCCUCCUACACUCAGACCCCAGGGAGUGGAUGGACGUGCUCAGCCCUCCCAUUAUGCCCCCCAGCCAGCCGAGAAGGUCAGGGAACACAUGGAACAAUUGGGAGAAUCUCGUUGGAGGUGGCGAUGAAGAGGAGCUGGAGGACGAGUAUUUGAAUCUGCACUAUGAUUCUUGCCUGAACUGCUACUUCGAUCCAAACACGGGGAAGUACUACGAGCUCGCUUAGAUAAAAGCUCGAGAGAAUUAUAAUGAAUCAUUCACGUGACAUUGACUGUGGAUAAUUGAGUGAAUGAAUUCAGGGUUUUUUUUAAGGCUAACUAAGUAGACAUUAACAACCCAUUCACUAAAACCCUUUCACGUUGCUUUUUUUAAAUGCUCUUUUAUUUUGGAAACUAACAAGAACUGUGUGUCACUUUAAAUAGAGUGAUGUUAGUGAGUAAGAGAGUGGGACUCAAUAAACCACAUGCAAGCUUUUUGUAGGAAGUGGAAAUGUCGUUCUCUCACCAGCACAUGUGACGAUAAAAAGAAGCUUUGGCGAUCAAAUGAAUACGCCAGCCUUCUGAAAGAACUUCCUCUUUUCAUUACAUCUAAAUUUAGUUCUGGGUAACUUUCAAAAGCAGGGGGUUUUGUUCUUCAUCAUCAUUUCAUAAUUGGAAAUUGAAAAUAAAUUAAUGUGUGUUUAUAUCAUUUUAAUUAAUUUAAAUUGAAACGUGAUGCUUGUGAUUUCUUGUGUUUACCUCGAUUUUAAUUAACUGUUGGACAGAGCUGCACUCGCCUCUAUUAAGUGACUCAAAAGGCAAAAAGAAUAAAAGAAGAUGAAAGUG